CAUAUCUUCUUUUUUAAAGACUGCAGCAGCCUUAUUAGUCAGUCAGCUAUUACAUCAUGGAGUAGCAAUACAGAUGCCCACGCCAGAUCUAUUAGAUGCCGUCCAAUCAGCAUUUAAUGACUUAGAGCAGAUCUGUGUAAGAUGUCCAUUUGACUACGGGAUCCUGGAUGGUCUUCUCCUCCUACUGUGUCAGUUUCUGAGCAUAGACCAAACCAUGGUCAGUCGUUACCUCAUAGAGAUGGGUGUCUGGGAACUCAUAUGGCACAGGUUGAUGCAGACACUUGGUGUCCAGGAGAUACCCCAAAACCCAGCCCUUCCUAAAGAUGAUGAGGAUGAUGAAGGCGAUGACGAUGACGAACAGGUCAUAGAGGUCAUCUGUAACCCUGAAUGGAAUUUGGUCUCUCCCUCUGGCCUGGCCGCAUCAUUGCAAGUCAUCCUGAUUAUAUUCACCAAGGAACCAUACCACUGUGUGCCUCCAUUCUGCAAUGCUAAUGGAAUGGUGAUGUUGACUCUAAGUUCUCUGCUUUCACAUGAGUUUCUUGCCAUCUUAGCAUCAAGUGAAAGCAAAGAGCAGAAUCUCUCCGAGCUAGUCCUGGACAUUGUCCUCCAUGUGUGUCAGCUGCUGUGUUUCCCGUUUGCCCUCGACACCCACGAGAUGAUGAUGUCGGCCAUCUUGUCCAGCUUCAGGCAGUGUCUCCUGGUUGAGAAGCUGGUCUCUGCCUGCCAGAAAUACGUCCCUCUGGAAAUGACCGAGGUCCCCAUGGGAGUUCUUUCAAGACUUGUUCUAAGUGAGGAGGCUUUCCUUACCCAAUUCUGUGAAUGUGUCACCAAAUUUAAGGCUGAGAGCUACCUGAGCAGUCUGCUGUCCAGUGAUGCUCCGACGGAGGUCCGUUGUGACAUGCUCUCUAUCUGCAGCCAUCUCGCUCGCAGUGGGGCACAUCAUCUCAUGCUGCUCAAAGCCAUCCUGUCAGGAGAUAAAGCUGGAUCCUAUCAAGCAUUGAAUGGGUUGCUGACCAGUAAGAACCAGACGGUGAAAUCCAGAGCUUGUGGUUUAAUGGGCAAUAUGAUGAGACACUCUCCAGCCUUCUACGCGGUCCUUAGAAAAAAUGAUGACCUUCUAGCGCACCUCAUUGCUGAGCUCUCUAGCGAUGAUGCUGAUAUCAGACGGUCAUCAUCAUAUGCUAUUGGAAAUGCUGCCUAUCACAGCGGAGAUCUCUAUGACAAGCUGGCCCCUGUCAUCCCAGUCCUGGUCCAACUCCUAUCAGAUCCUGUUACUAGGAUUAGAACCAAUGCUGCAGGAGCUCUUGGGAACCUUGCCCGACAUUCGGCCAAGCUGUGCUCCCAGCUCCUCAAGUGCAAGGUCGCGGAGAGUCUCCUUGAAUCGGCUCACCAUGACAACCAGCUCAGCGUGCAGGAGGUAGCCCUCGUGGCCCUCAGGACGCAUGCCAGACAUGCCCCUCUCAGACAGGCCCUACUCAAGGCCAAGGCUCCAGAGAAGCUUAUGACCCUCGUCGACAGUAUCCGCUCCUCGGGGAUCACCACGCCAGGAAGCCUGCCCUCUUCUGCCAGGAGUGAGCGCAACAGUGCUGGCGCCAUCUCGCACCAUUCCUCCAAACUCCUCAGCCUCCUCAAGCGAGGGGGUAGUGCUAGAUGAUAAAUAAAUGCCAAGGGUGACUGUUGAAUGGAAAAUGUUGGAGCAGUUGUGUCAUUUGGGCUAAUGCCACUGUGUCUUAUAUCCAGUUUGUCUAAUACCAUUUCGCCUAUAUACCCAGUUCGUUUACUGUUCAGUUAGGCUGAUGUGAUUGAAUGCAACAGCGCCGGCGCAGUUUCGCACCAUUCCUCCAAACUGUUGAGCCUCGUCAAGAGAGGGGGUAGUGCUAGAUGAUAAAUAAAUGCCAAGGGCGACUGUUAACCAAUUGCCUUCGGGAGAUAGAUGGUCCCUGUAUUCAGUCUCUUGGAAUGAAAGAAUUUGAUAGACUAUGGGUUAAGUGAAGAUGGGGUGUAGCAUGGACAGUAGUGUUAUAUGGUCUACAGCCACUUUAUCUUAUACCCAGUUCUUCUUAUUAUAUCUUGUAUGUACCCAGUUGAUUUACUGUUUAAUCAUUAGGUCUAAUGACCAGUUGGGCCACUCAUUGUGUUAUCUACUCCAUUAGUCCUUGUGGAUGGUAGUCAAAAGAGAUUUAGAUGCGCUGUGUAACAUAUUAGACCAACUGAAAGUUGACCAAACAGGUGUAGACCAUAUGACAAUUUACUCCAGAGGCAAGUGUUAGAGGUCAGCGGCAGUGAAAGAGACAUAGGAUAUAUUUAUAUGCUUAUCUGCUGACAUGGUAUCAACCCUGUAGAUUUAAAGCCCAUCUGUACUAGUUUGGCCAGGGGGUAUUAGACCUCCCUGUAAGGUCACUGACAGGUGGUUAUCUCAUCAAAACAGCC